AUGUGGGGCGCCCAGCAGCUGCUUCCGGAGCUGCGGGCGCAGCGCCAGACGCUGCACCAGGCGGCCAAGGGCAUCGAGCAGCGCCUGGGGGAGCUGAGGCAGCGGUGCGCGGAGGCGGAGCGCGAGGCCCGGGAGGACUUUGAGGUGCUUCGAAGCCACCUGAACUCAGUGGAAAGCCUGAAGCAGGCGGUGCUCAGCCGGGAGCGGGAUGUGCGGCUGCGGCUCAUCGAGGGCAUUGACGACUUCUGCCGGCGCUUGCAGCAAGCGGAAGGUGCCUUUCGCCCCGACGCAGUGGCGGCGCUCCGCGCGGAGUUCCCGGACCUGGCGGCGGCGGCGGAGGGCCUCUGCUCCCGCGCCUGCUCCUUGCCGCAGGUCGAGGUGCCCAUCGAUGACAUCCCUUUUGAGGCCCGCACCAAAACCGAGAAGCUGCGAAGGUUCGCGGUGGCGGAGCAGCUGCUCAAGGCGAAGGACCUGGCGCUGUGGCGCAUGGAGCAGCAGCGGCGGCAGCUGGCAACGGAAACCCAGGAGGGAGCCGAGUGGAUCCGGCACCUGGGCUCCAUGCUGGACCGCUACGCGGAAGAGUUGGGCCACGUGUGCUACUUCUGCUCAGAGAGGUUCUGCGCGGCUGCUGCCAAUACUCGCUGCCCCUGGAACCUGGGCGCCUCGCCCUCGGGGCGGCCCAUGUCCCCUGAGCCCCGGGUGCCGUCGCAGCUCUGGGGCGCAGGCGUCCACUACUGGGUGCCUCUGCCUGCCGCGAGCAGCGCUAUGGCAGCAGCAGCGGUAGGCGUGAUGGCUGCGCGGCCGGAGAGGGAGAGAGUGGAGGCGCAGCCAGAGGCAUACGAGGCGCCAUGGUACCGAGAGGCUGGCCGCAUGCCGAGCCCCAGAGCUGCGUACGUGCCGGGCCCGCCGCCGCCGCCGCCGGCGCCCGCGCCGUCGGCGGGACCGGCGCCAAGGCGGGAUCCCAACGCAGGCUUCGACACCUUCGCAGGCCGCGGCCGGCCCAGUGCCUGGCUGGAACGGUCCACCGGGGGCGGCGGGCCCCUGCCCAGUGAGGCACGAGACGACCGGCGACCUUACCGCAGAGACGAGGUUGACAUGAUCGUGGGUCUGUGA